GUAUUUAAAGAGCGAACUCUUCCCUCUUCACGUCGCCCACUUUCAGACACUUAUUCAUUCGUUCAUCAAUACCUUUUUUGUUUGGCCUUAUUGUGUCUCGUUGUCGUGGUGAAAGUGAACUCUUCAUCUCUUCGUUUCCUCGAUAUUCACUUUCUUCUCCCUCGCGUGAGGCGGUUCUAUUUCAACUCCCAACUCUCUCGCCCGUACACAUUCCCACGCAAUAAUAACAACAUCGCGAUCCCAAAUCAAGUCUUCCAUCCCAACAAACAAGCGCUUGAUCGUGUUGCCUCUCCCCCCUUAUCACAAUCAUAAUCGACAUCCUUCUCAGCUGUCAAGACACGUCCAUCAACAAGAUGCGUGCCUCGACUCUCCUUGUUGGCCUCGGUGCCGUCGUCAGCCUGGCUCACGCCCAGUACAGUACUUAUGCGGUCCCGGUUCCAUCCACCAGCUGCCUCACCACUGUUGAGGUUGAGAUCAUCGAGACCACCGUGAGCACCAGCUGCCCCACUGAGAGUGUCCACGCCACUCCCACCUCCGUGAGCCCUGUUGUGCAAACCACCCAGGUUCCGAGCCACGUUGCCCCAAGUCCCGCGGCUCCAAGCUCUGCGGUUCCAACUCACGUUGCUCCAAGCUCUGUGGCUCCAGGUCCCGCUGCUCCAACUCACGUUGCUCCAAGCUCCGCGGCUCCAAGUCCCGCUGCUCCAACUCACGUUGCUCCAAGCUCCGCGGCUCCAAGUCCCGCUGCUCCAACUCACGCUGUUCCAAGCGCUUCGGCCCCGGUCACCGCUGCUCCAAGCCAUGUCGCUCCAAGCUCCGCGGGUCCAGGAGUUAACCGCACUCUGACUGCCCCGGCCACUUCCGCCACGCCAGUUGGACCAUCCACCCUUACGAGCGUCGUCGUCGUCCCUUCAAGCGCGGCCUCGCCAUCUGCCACCCAGUCUCCAAGCGCGAGACCAACUGUUGUUAGCAGUGCGGGCCACAUGGUAGCUUCCGUUGUUACAAUGGGACUUCUUGUGUUAGGUUCUUGCUUGUUCGCUUGAUCUUCUUGACCCGAGUUGAUCCCUUCUUGCGUUCAUAAAUGGAGGAUGGAAAUCAUCACACUGGCGUUUGGAAGGUAAUGGUGGACUUGCAGGCGUGGCAAAAUGAGGUUGGAGUUGAGUACUGGUUUUCUCUCAAGUAAUUGUGUUGAGAGUUGAGA